CUCAACACAAUCGAGGAGCUUACACAAUGAAGUGGCUUUUAUUAAUAUAAUAUGAAGACCUACUUAAUCACAAUAGAGACAGAUAAUAUUGGAUGACGUCCUAAAGGGAAUUUAAAGUUGUUAAAUAUCAUAUUCAGUUUUUUAUCUGUAACUGAAUUGGAUUUCAUGUUAAUCUUAAUAAGUCAAGAGGUAAAUUAUUACAUUUGCUUCCCUUAAAGGUCUCUGCAUGUCUCUGUACAAACUUAAAAUAAUAGCUUUUCUUUAUGUUUUGUCAUUAGUUUAACAGCGUUCCUGAUGUUCAGCAAAGUUUCCAGGCGGACUCCAGUAACUGAGGGGCAAAAGGAGCUAAGAGGACUGUCCAGGAGUUACCCCUUUAGACAAUCUCAUCCCUGCCAAAGAAGAAUGGGUGUUCAUGCCUGAUGAUGACCACUGGACUAUACAUAGAAAUGUCUUCAUAAAUGUUCAGGGUAUUCUUAUAAUAGACAAACUAAAAAUAACAGGGAAAAAACUAUAAAGCAGAUCUGUUUUGGCAGAAUUGUAAAUCGUUUACAGGUCACCUGCUUGUGCGGGUUGAUGUGGUUCAGAGCUCAUCAUCUUUACUGGGGAGCUGUGUGCACUCAUGUGUUUGUCACAAGGUUGGAAACAAAGGUCAACUUAUGUUCUCUCAGUCCAUCACAAAUGUUCAGGAUGCUGAAAACACCAGACGUGCUCCUUGUUUUCCUCUGUCUUGUCGGGGCAGUGGAUGCCCUGUACAAACAGUGGAUUCCUGACACCAACUACGAGAACAAGACCAACUGGGACACAGAGGCUGUUCCAUGUGGCAACGACAUAGUCCAGUUUCCGGCUCAGAGAAAAGUGUCUGUGUUCGUGGAGACCACGCAUGCUGUGCAGGAGAUGAGGCUGCCAGUUGACGGAGAGUUCAUCCUGAAUUCAGGAGCUGGGUUUUAUGUUGUGAGCGGAAAAGACCCAGGCUGUGGAGCUGGCGUCACGACCCAGUUCAAGGAAACAGAGUCCCUUCAGUGGUUCAACCCAGCUCUGUGGCAGGCAGCUGCGACCCAGGAAGACCUGCAGAGUGGAAACUUCUUAUUCUCGGUCCAUGAGGAGAGUGUCCCAUGCCAGUAUGAUGACGUGGUUUUUAAAGCCCGCUCCUCUUUCAGGGUGGACACCAGCUCCAGUCAGUCCAGCAUUCCUGUCAAAUCGACGUCUGUGCUGGGGAAGAAGUUUGACAGCAGAUCUGAGUUCUCCGAGUAUCUCAGCUCACGUUCAGGCCAGCUGCAGUUUCACGGAUCCUCCGUCGUCACUGUUGGGAACCAAGCGUGUGGGGAUCCUUCUGGCUGCGACUGUGGGAAUUCUGUAAACCAUCAGCAGAUAUGUAACACUGUGACGUGUCCCUCUCUGAGCUGUAAGAAGCCUCUCCUCCCUGUAGGACACUGCUGUGGUGUUUGUGGUGCCAUUGUCACAAUUCAAUACGCCGAUGGUUUCAACAUGCAAACUUACAGGCAACGAAUCCAUCACCUAUUUCUUAUCUUGCCAAAAUACAAAUCCAUUCAGCUGGGCAUGUCUAAAGUCUUCAAGUCCCAGCGGUUGAUGGGGGUCAUCCCUUUUGGUUCCUCGUCUGAGAUCCAGGUGGUUAUUGUGGACGGUGACAAGGGCUUGCAGUCCGAGGGUCUGGCCAGGGAAAUACUGAAAGAUGCCCGUUCUCAUGGCCUCAACAUGGGAAUCACCGGGGCUGAAUUUCAAGCCUCCUCUGGGAGCAGCAGUGAUCAGACUGGGGGAAGUGCUGGGACGGUGGUUGGAGCUGUGUUCGGAGUUUUGAUUAUGAUUACAAUCAUCGUUGUAGGGGCCCUGAUUUGGAAGGGCUUUGUUCGAAUGCCGUCAUCAAUGCCGUCGCCGUCGCUGCCGUCGCUGCCGUCUCUGAGCAGCUUGAUGAGAAAAAGUGAUGACCUUGACGGGCCCAUCGACCACGGCUUUGACAAUCCCAUUUUCGACAGGCCGAACAUGCUGCCUGAUAUUCCUGGCGUGUAUGCGGAUGAAACAAAUCAUUCAAUCUCCUUGUCUCAGACGGGUGUGCACUUUGUAAAUCCAGUUUAUGACGAGAAUGAAACUGAUUUUAAUGCCUGAUCUUGACUGCAGUACACUUUCAGGAGGUUAAUGAUUCCCAAAGUACUUUUGUAUUAACUUGAUGAUUUUACAGUCCCUUCAUAAACAAUAAAUCCUCUUAUAGCUAUAUAAUAAUUCAGCAAAUGCACUUGUAAAACAAAUAAAAGAAUUGUUGGCAGACUCUGUACUUUGCAAUAUAGUUGCAAUAAAACUGCAGUAAAUUCCUAACACGCUUACUGCUGCACAGGUUUCUUACAUUUUAUGUUACCACUAGAUUGUAGUAAAUUUAACCUUCAAUGACAUGUAUGUGAAAAUAUCCUCCAUAUGUACCAUAACUUUAUAUACCUUGUUAUGUAACCUCAAUAAACAUUUAUAACACAAUAAUAUAUCUUUAACGAACUUGCAGUAAAGGCAGA